AUGGAACGAUACGAAGAGACCAGUCAGCUGGUAGUGAACAAAGAUGAGUGUCAGAUUCUGAGAUACAUGCGCAACCAAGAAACGAAGUUUGAGGAGACAAAAGCGAAACUAAAGGAUGACUCCAAGUUCGACAAGACUCUGAUACUUUCUGUAUCUGAUGGCACUGACUACACUGGACGCAAAGAUCUUGAACACUGGGAGAUUGCUGCGAAUGACAUCGUCCAUGCCUCAUUCCGUUCAGUAAGCGCCGGCCUCAAGCGACUUAGAAAAGACAUCAUAGAAACCUGUGAUCAUAUUGAAAGGAUCCAAGUCCACGGUUGCAAUUCUGGUUCAAAGGAUCCUGCCAGACUCUGUCAAGAUCAAGCCGUGCAGACGGAGAAGAUCAGAAUACCAGGGCCUCGGGUACAAGGAACACAGGCUGUCGACAAUGAGAACAUACGCAGAAUUCAUCAAGAUCAUGCAGUACAAACGGAUGAUAUCAAGAUGCCGGACGCCCAUGAACGAGGAAUGCAGUCAAUCGCCAUGCAGAAAAAGGAUGCACAGACCCAGGCUAGCCGGACUGAUUUUGUCCAGAAGAGGGACACGCAGGCACAGACUGCCCCGUUCAAUGAGGCCACAAUAUCAAGCACUCAGACAGAGACCUCUCCUCACAACAUUGACACACAACAGCCUUCAUCAUGGAACUCCUUCCGGGACAAGUUUCUCUCGUCCUUCGUAAAGCAGGUAACGCUUACGGUCGACGCUGCAAAAAUGAGCUUGGAAGACAAGUUGGAAUUGCAACGCCAGUUUCCAGGGGUGAGCCUCAUGCCGCUCCAGCCCGAGUUCACCGCUGAACCAGAGCUUGAACCCAACCCUCGUUUCCAGCAGACAUCAAAGAAAAUGGCAGUUUCUGACCGCCUCACCACCACCAACAAGCCACCAGUACUUGAAAUCCCAAAGAAGAGUAGGCGAGAUUCUCAGGAUUCAGUAAUAAAUCCAGACUUGGACGAUGGCAUACAAUCACGUCUGCAGACGCAAACACCUACAAGCGGAUCAAGUAGUUCUUCCAUCUUAGACUAUGCCGACGAGCUUGGGCUAGACCUCAGCGGCCAGAUGCGUCAGGUGGUCUCGCUCAUGUACAGCGGACUGCGAAAGCGAGCAACCAUCGCUUCGUACAGACUGUACAGGAAGAGAAUCGGUACCGCCGAAGACUUCUACUAUGCGCUUCUCAACCUGUACAUUCUGACCUUUAGGCGAGAAGAACACGAUUUUGCCUACACCGUACUACUCCGAUUCCAAAACACCAUGUGUCCUGAGAACAGCAGCAUGCCACCCGUGCAGCUAGCAUUACGGGCAUUCAAGUUCCUACCACAGCACGCGCCCUUUUGCCAGUGGAUCGCAAUCGUCUACUGCUUCCUCUGGCCAACCCGAGUAGAAGGCCCGUACACCGAAUUCGACGAGGAGUACAAGGAGUUCGACGUGGAAACUAAGGCAAAACUCUUAUACGAGGUCGCAUACUACAGGGAUCCUUAUGUCUACGGCAACGACACCGGCGUCAUCAGCUCCUGGUGUGACGUCCACGACCACGCACAUGACAACCCGGAGCAGAUUGCACGGUGCAGGAAUAUGAGGGAAGAAACAGACAUCAACGAGAAAGAAGUGGGAGAGCGGGAAAGAAGACGCUUGAAGGAAUUGUACAAAGUUGGGUUCAGGAAGAUUGAUCCAAGGGAUGCUUCGUACGUCCGCAGCGAUUACACGGGGGUCGACGCUGUUCGCGGCAAGAAGAGGAAGGUUGAGGAUGAGGAUGAACGUAUUGAUCAGAACAUGUUGGGAGAGGUGGAGGCGUCGGGGGAUUCAUCUACGAAGAGGAAGAGAGUCAAGUCAUCUGGUAAAGUGGGGGAAAAGAGCGUGGGUUGGUGA